AUGAUGCUGCGCUCUUGCUGCCGGCCGUUUGAGAGAUGCUUCGCCCGACGCGGCGGCGGGGGUAGCGAUGGGCUGUUGUGGCACUCGGAUUUGAAGCCGCACGCCUCGGGCGACUAUUCGAUCGCGGCGGUCCAGGCGAAUUCGAACAUGGAGGAUCAGAGUCAGGUUUUCACGUCUCCGUCGGUGACUUAUGUUGGGAUUUACGACGGACAUGGUGGCCCGGAAGCUUCUAGAUUUGUCAACAAGCACCUCUUCCCUUUCAUGCACAAAUUCGCGAGUGAGCAAGGGGGUUUGUCUGUUGAUGUGAUAAAGAAGGCAUUCAAUGCAACUGAAGAGGAAUUCUGGCAUUUAGUGAAGCGAUCACUCCAAGUGAAGCCUCAAAUUGCUUCUGUAGGUUCUUGCUGUCUGGUUGGUGCCAUAUCCAACGAGGUGUUAUACGUAGCUAAUCUCGGGGACUCGAGGGCAGUGCUUGGCAGAAAGGCGAAUCAAGAUAAGAGAAAAUCGGUGAUUGCAGAAAGACUAUCAACAGACCACAAUGUUAAAGUUGAGGAAGUUAGGAAAGAGGUUGAGGCACUUCAUCCUGAUGAUUCCCAGAUUGUCAUGUUUGCUCGUGGUUGUUGGAGGAUAAAGGGCAUAAUUCAGGUAUCAAGAUCUAUCGGGGACAUUUAUCUGAAGAAGCCUGAGGUCAAUCUAGAUCCUUUCUUCCAGCAAUUCGGCAAUCCUGUCCCCUUGAAACGGGCGGUGGUGACAGCAGAACCUUCAGUUCUAAUAAGGAAGCUGAUGCCAGAAGAUCAAUUCCUCAUAUUUGCUUCAGACGGUCUUUGGGAACAAUUGACUGACGAAGAAGCAGUAGAGAUUGUGUUAAAUAAUCCCAGAGCCGGAAUUGCAAAGCGACUGGUGAGAGCUGCCCUCAAUGAAGCAGCAAGGAAGAAAGAGUUGAGAUACGAUGACAUAAAGAAUGUAAGGAAGGGAGUUAGGCGGCACAUUCACGAUGAUAUCACUGUGAUCGUGAUAUAUCUUGAUCGACACAGAAGGUCUUUUCCAAAUGGCAGAUUGAAGAAGAACGCCAUCGGCUGCACAUAUGCUCCCAUGGAUAUUUACUCUCUUUACACAGCAGAUUAG